AGCCAGCCAACGCUCUGGUUGAUGGUGAGUGUGAUUCGGUCGCAGAUCCGCGUUGGUUUGUACCUCGGCAGCCGCGCGCGCGAGCAUGACGCCCCUCGAUAGCGCACCUAGCCCAACCCCAACCAUUCCACAUCACUACCCAUCGCGCAACCAGUGAGUUGUCGCACCCUAUCGCGGGUUGUACUUUCAGGAUGUACAAGCAGGCGACGCGGAAGACGGGCGAGGUACUGUCGCUGCCUCCGAAAUGGCUCGGGAUGUAUUCCGACUUUAUCACCAAGAACAGCAGCGCCGUAUCGCAGAUUGAAUCGGCGCUGCGAUCACUCACAUACAUCAUUCCUGGUCGCUUUCGCGAGUCCGAGAUUGCGUCCGAAUCUCUUCACAGCGGCGUCCAGCUCCUCUCGCUCUACCAUGACUCCCUUCUCGCGAAAGCUGUUGCUCGGAUACCUGGAGCCCAGCGCCAGCAACCAACACCCCACAGCCGCUACACCAAGUUCUGGACAGAUCGGUCACCAACGUAUCGGCGAAUCGCUCUCGUGCUUCAGAUGAUCCAAUACACAGAGCUUCUGUGGGAGAUGGCCGCAAAGAGGAAGGGAGAGAAGAUGCGGUGGCGCGUCGUGGUGCUUCUGGAGGUCGUCAAAGCUGUGUGUCGUCUCCUCUUGUUGCGAUUGACGAACUCGAGACCAUUGGUGUCGCCCCCUUUGCCCCAGAGGGAGGUAGAUCCGAGUACCCUGGAGGACUCUUCAGCAUCGCCGAAUGGCAUGGAUACACCUCCGACGGAGCAAGAGGCGGCUGCAGAGAACUGGAUCAUGCCACGGACAGGACUAUCGAUGCCGACCCUGCCAGAUGCAUCCGAUAUUUCCAGCUAUCUGCUAUCCAAGGUACUCACAGCCGACGAUAUCAAGCCCCCUAAGGCACUAUUGCACCGUGUCAGUGGAAAGGGAGAAAUUGCUGAGGUCUUGUACAUCUUGCGCCCCGUUUUCUAUGCCUUGGCCAUGCAGCACUUUAGUGGAGACCGGAAGAGUUGGCGUCCGUGGUUGAUAGGCGUCGGUUUGGAGUAUGGUGCAAGACAGCUUGCUAAGAAAGACUUCCAAGAGAGACUGGCUGGCGGCUUAAGAGGUCUGACUGGACUUGAGAAGGAAGAGUUAAGAAAGCGCGGCUGGUCAUUAGGCUGGUGGAUGAUGCGUGGCGCAUUCUACGAGAACAUCACCAAGGCUUGGAUACAUGCCGUCACACGUAAACUGCAGAACAAGCCGCUCCUAGACAUUGUCGGGGGUGUCAUUGAGGAUUACGAGUUCCUCUGGGACCAGUACUACUUCCCGACCGCCACUCUCUAAACUCUUCAGUUCUUUUUUGUGUUUGUUUAAGCGUUGGAUAGCGAUGGGAGAUAAUGGAUCGGGCAUGUCACAGGAUGAACGUUGGGACGGAAGCGCAUGAUCAUCUGAACCCUGGCGUUGUAAGGAUAGCAGGACUGCUGGUCUGGUCCUUGGUCUUCCACACUUUCGACUUUGUGUUACAGGCUGUGUAUAAUAUACCAUGAAUUCGACAUUUCACACAGAGACCGAAC